AGCCUAGGGGGGUCUUAGGUUGGCGGCGAUGGGCUCGGAGGGCGGGUGGCCUUGGCUUGUGCUGCCACUGCCGCCGCCAACGACCUGCCAUCGGUGUCCUGCGUAAGGUCCGGCUGGCACGGACUUGCCUGUGAGGUGGGAUGGACUGGUUGCCGGACCAAGUCCCCUGCAGUUGACAGGAGUAUGAGGCGGAGUGAUGCACGCCCAGUCGCCCAGCAUCGUUCUAGUUGUCAGAGACGUCGCUUCAGACCGUACGCCGACUGUGGCUUCGUUCCAGAGCCGGGAGCCUCUUUUUCGCGAUUGGAACUACGCUGUGCGGCCAGCGGGGAGUCCCCAAGGACAGAGUCGAAAGGUCAUAUCUUAUCUGUCAGUGCUGUGUAACGGCAUCUCGACUGCACCUGCAGAAUCCGAACUAGAUCCGUAAUGCCUCCUGCCUGGCUCUUCCAGGAUGGAGGGGAAGCCUGUGGGAGAGCCUGCUCAUGUGUUGUCUAAACUCAAACUUUCCACCAAGGCAGAAAACACAGGACCCUGGCUGGUGGAAGACCAUGCUCGCAUAUGGGAUGUUUUAAAGACAGAGGAGAGCUCGAUUCAGGACUGGGGUGAAGAGGUAGAGGAAGGAGCUGUUUACCAUGUCACCCUCAAAAGAGUCCAGAUUCAACAGGCUGCCAAUAAAGGAGCAAGAUGGCUAGGGGUUGAAGGGGACCAGCUGCCUCCGGGACAUACCGUCAGUCAGUAUGAGACCUGUAAGAUCAGGACCAUAAAAGCUGGCACCUUGGAGAAGCUUGUGGAGAACCUGCUGACAGCUUUUGGGGACAAUGAUUUUACCUAUAUCAGCAUCUUCCUGUCAACAUAUAGAGGCUUCGCCUCCACUAAAGAAGUGCUGGAGCUGCUGCUGGACAGGUAUGGAAGCCUGGCAAGCCCGAACCGUGAAGAGGAUGGAGGCCAAAGUUCCCCAGCGUCUAAGACGGUGAUCAGGAAUGCCAUCGCCUCCAUCCUGAGAGCCUGGCUUGACCAGUGUGCGGAGGACUUCCGAGAGCCACCUCACUUCCCCUGCUUACAGAAACUCCUGGAGUAUCUCAAGCAGAUGAUGCCAGGCUCUGACCCGGAGAGACGAGCACAGAAUCUUCUGGAGCAGUUUCGCAAGCAAGAAGUAGAAACCGACAAUGGGUUUCCCAACACUAUCUCCCUCAGCCUGGAGGAGGAGGGGGAACCGGACGGUGGCGGGUCUGCAGAAUUCACGUGCUUCUCCGAAGACCUGGUGGCUGAGCAGCUGACCUACAUGGAUGCGCAACUAUUCAAGAAAGUCGUGCCUCACCACUGCCUGGGCUGCAUUUGGUCUCGCAGGGAUAAGAAGGAAAACAAACAUUUGGCUCCUACGAUCCGCGCUACCAUCUCUCAGUUUAAUACCCUCACCAAAUGCGUUGUCAGCACCAUCCUGGGCGGCAAAGAACUCAGAACUCAGCAGAGAGCCAGAAUCAUCGAGAAGUGGAUUAACAUUGCUCACGAAUGUAGAAUCCUGAAGAAUUUCUCGUCCUUGAGGGCCAUCGUGUCGGCCCUGCAGUCCAAUUCCAUCUAUCGGUUAAAGAAGACUUGGGCUGCGGUCCCAAAGGACCGAAUGCUGAUGUUUGAAGAACUCUCAGAUAUCUUCUCAGACCAUAAUAACCAUCUGACCAGCCGGGAACUACUGAUGAAGGAAGGAACCUCAAAAUUUGCAAACCUGGACAGCAGCGUGAAAGAAAACCAGAAGCGGACUCAGAGGCGGCUGCAGCUCCAGAAGGACAUGGGCGUGAUGCAGGGGACCGUGCCCUACCUGGGCACCUUCCUGACAGACCUCACCAUGCUCGACACCGCCCUCCAGGACUACAUCGAGGGUGGACUGAUAAACUUUGAGAAGAGGAGAAGGGAAUUUGAAGUCAUUGCCCAAAUCAAGCUCUUACAGUCUGCCUGCAACAGCUAUUGCAUGACCCCAGACCAAAGGUUCAUCCAGUGGUUCCAGGGGCAGCAGCUCCUGACAGAGGAGGAGAGCUAUGCCCUCUCCUGCGAGAUCGAAGCGGCUGCCGACGCCAGCGCCACCUCGCCCAAGCCUCGGAAGAGCAUGGUGAAGAGGCUCAGCCUACUGUUUCUGGGGUCAGACAUCAUUACCAGUAGCACGCCCACCAAAGAGCAGCCCAAGUCCACCGCCAGCGGGAGCUCUGGUGAAAGCAUGGACUCUGUCAGCGUGUCAUCCUGUGAGUCAAACCACUCGGAGGCAGAGGAGGGCUCCAUCACUCCCAUGGACACACCCGACGAGCCUCAAAAAAAGCUCUCCGAGUCCUCCUCCUCGUGCUCCUCCAUCCACUCCAUGGACACAACUUCCUCAGGGAUGUCGUCCUUGAUGAACCCCCUCUCCUCCCCGCCGGCCUGCAACAACAACCCUAAAAUCCACAAGCGCUCUGUCUCCGUGACAUCCAUUACCUCGACAGGGCUGCCCCCUGUCUACAACCAGCAGAACGAAGACACCUGCAUAAUCCGCAUCAGCGUGGAGGACGACAACGGCAACAUGUACAAGAGCAUCAUGCUGACCAGCCAGGAUAAGACCCCUGCCGUGAUCCAGAGGGCCAUGUUGAAGCACAACCUGGACUCGGACCCCGCGGAGGAGUACGAGCUGGUGCAGGUCAUCUCCGAGGACAAAGAACUCGUGAUCCCAGACUCGGCAAAUGUCUUCUAUGCCAUGAACAGCCAAGUCAACUUUGACUUCAUUUUACGCAAAAAGAACUCCGUGGAGGAGCAGGUGAAACUGCGGAGCCGGACCAGCUUGACGUUGCCCAGGACAGCUAAACGGGGCUGCUGGAGCAACAGACACAGCAAAAUCACCCUCUGAAGGGAGAGACCAGUGGCCCCUCGCUUGCCAAGGGCACCAUGGGGCCAACCACAGACCGUGGGGAUUGCAUCUACCACCUAGUGUUAGAGGGUCGUUGGCAAAGUGGACAGAUAUUUAUUGGGUGCUUCCAGUGUAAUGGGCAUUCUGGGGCAACUGAAGAUGAACUUGACAUGAAAAGGAUGAAUGAGUCACUGAUUCUCUUUGAACUAUCUGAGGACGGGAAUGCAAAAUUAUUCACAUUUAUAAAUAUAUGUGUAGGCACACAUAUUUGGUAUGUAUGUGUAUAUAUAUAUAAAUACGAGGGACUUAUGGGAUAUUCUGGACUAUGGAAAAACACAUUUGCACAAUGGCCUGGGAGGCCGAGGUCACUUUUUACAGGGAAAUAGAAGGAACUGAGAACCUCGUCUCAUACCUUCCAAGUAAGUGGAACCCAUCCCAGGACUACAGAAUGUCCUUUGUGCCAGUAUUACAAGAAGUCCAAACUAUUUUUUAUAAAGGGAGAGGAUUACCUUCUCAAGCAAGUGCCGCCAGAAAAGAAGCACCGCAGCGUUGGGAGCUACCACGGGCUGCAUGAAAGGCCACCUAGGAGAGGGUUUGGAUGAGCCAGUGGCUUUCAACCUCUGCCCGCGUCUGCCGCUUCCUGCCGCCCCGGGGAGGGCGAGGAGCAGCUCCGGAGGCCCGUCUGGCCCACCAGCCCAGCUGUCACAACGUCUCUGGAGGCGACGCAAGCCCCUGGCAUUUCCGGUCAUUGCAUUGUUUGUCCCCUACCCCCACCCCAUAAAGAACACAUCAUAGCCACCGCACAGAGAGCCAUGUUCGCUGGGAACUCAGCCAGAAAAGCAAGUGCAAAAGGAUGCGGAGGCAUGCAGACUCUGACCUGUCUCGGACGCCACUAUGUCACUGUUAGUGCCCAUCGCCGUUUGCAUGUGAAACUAUGUCUGCAGUCUUUUGCCAUCGGGCUCGCAGUACCUCUGUGCCAUUUGUUCCUCAGGUGUAGAAAUUCCCACUGCGAUUGACUGUUUGAGCCUGCGAACGAUUUCCCAAGAGCGAUUGCUCCGUUUCUAGCCCCUCGGAAGCUGUUCCCUGCCGAGAGCGGGGUCCCGUUGCACUUAGCAACUUUUACAGCGUGCCCGUGCCCCGUCCUGGGGAAAGAAACGGGGCUCCAUGUAUGAUCCCAGGCACUUCUAGAGAGGUACAUUCUCCCAAAGGCAAUGAAUAGCUUUUUUUUUUUUUUUUUUUUUUCAGGUUCCCACACUUGGUAUCACAGCAUCACUCACUGUUAAGUGACAUUCUUUGCCUUCGAUAACACCGCCCUCCUCUCUCUCCCAGAUCUGAGCUGUGCUGGGGUUUGACCUACAAAGCCAUAUGUGAGAUGUUAAUAUGUAUAAGAAGCACUUUCCGAAGGGUGUCCUUUUUAAAAAAAAAAAAAAAAUUCUCAAAAUACCAGUUUUUAUUCCAAAAAUAAAGAACAAACCCAGAUACGAAGUACAGCUGGUCAUGCGGCGCUUUCUCUUUCUCCUGUCCUGUAAGACAGCUCCCGAAGGUCCGGUGAGGUUGACGGUGUGUAACUAGCCAUAGCAAGCACCGGGAACAAUCUAGAGAUUGCUGGCAGUGGUCCAAAGAAUGAGAAUGGGCCAGGAAGGCCUCAGAUUUCCUGUAGGUCUUUCUAGAGCUACACUGUCAAGACCAACUGGUUUCACCUGGUUGAGAUGCACUUUCUUCUGUUGGCGAGGGUGGUCCAGUUUGUGCUUUUGUGCUUGGAAGAAGCAUGGCCAGGAUGCUAGACAUUGUGAAGACUGAAGGAAGUGUAGCCUCAGCCUGAGUGUCUUGGCUCAAAGGUCAAAAAGAAAAGGUAGAGCUGUCAGCCUGGUUGAGGGUGUGGCUACCAAGACAUGGAUGUUUCGCCCAUGUGCUUACCUUGUGGAUUUAUACUGUAUUUGUAGAGUCUAGAUUUAUAUACUGCAGUGUUAAAAAAAAAACACACACACAUAUAUGUGAGUGUAUAUAUAUAUAUUUCCUUUUUUAAAAGACAUUGGAAGGUCCAAGUAGAUCAAACAUAGCCUCAUUUAUUUAAUGCCACUUUAAAUGUCUUACAUUUCUUUCCUGGUGGACAGCUGGGUUGUGCUGCCAGCUGCUCGCAUGCCUUUCUUUCUGCAUCUCCAUCAUCUGUUUACUUUUUGGUUAAAUUAAUAAACUGGCUUGGGAUUUGGCUGGCAUGUGCUGCCAGACCCAAAGGGAUUGUAUCUGGAGGGUUCAUCUGGUGGAUCUGGGUUCCAGAUAUGUCAGCGUGUGGUUUGGAGGUGGCCUCUGGUUCUGUUGGAGGGAGCAGAGGGAAAGCCUGUGACAGGCUUAGGAGGGAUCCUGUCUUCGGGCACGUGACACAUGCAUUUAAGGGAAAGAGUGACAUCCGAGUAAACUGCCUCAGAGGUGAUGGCUUGCUGGAUAGCUCUUCCUGAGUAGUUCAGUUGGUGGGGACACGUUGUAUACAAUCAGACUUAAGAGUUAGGGUCCAAGGUAGUAGUUGGCUUCUUUCUGACAGUCUUGUCCGGAGUCUCCACUGCUACCGUCUGCACAAUUCCUGCAACCAUCCAAGGUGCUCUGGAAGCCGAGAGGGUCGCCAUGGAGGAAGGACAAGUCUUCCCAGAAGGCAGUCGGACCGAGGCCAGCUCACUUCACAUUGUCAUUCCACCAGCUUGUUUCCCAAAAAAUGGAUUCCUAAAUCAAUCCAAAUUAUCAGGUUUUCUGAGCCCUCAUGGGAUUUUGGAGAGAGUUGAGUAGGUGUUUUAAUUGAUAAUAAUAUGGGCAGGAAAAGAAAGGGAUUUCUGUCUCUGGAAGGUGAUUAUAUUUUUAUGAUCAUUCAAGAAAACAGGUUCCCUUGUUUUGCCUCCCUCUAGAAACAGCUUGAUGACAUUUUGCCUGAAGGAAGGUCUUGAAAUUUUUUGUGUUGGCGGCUUCUCAAAUUUUCCAUGCUGCACAGGACUCUUAGGAAGCAUACAGUAUUGAUUGCUCUGUGUCCUGACUUCAGUGGUACCGUGAAGUUUCCCUGAUGCCAGCCCUCGUUUUCUCCAGGGCUGGGGCAACGGCCCCAGUUGCAACCUGUGUCCACACUUCCACCAGGAGGAGUUACUUCCAUUGUCUUUGCACUGCUGUUUCCGCUAGGAUCUCUGUUAAUGUGAAAUGCUUCCAGAAGGGAGUAUUAGGCAAGGCUAGAGAAAUAAACCAUGACAUCUCAGUAA